ACAUGCUCUUAAGCAUUAAUAUUCACCAAUCACCAGUCAUCACUUUCUAUAAGUUUCAUAGUUUAUCCUCGUGACUUCAUCUCUUCCCGUGUGAGACGCCGAAGAGAACCACACCCUUAUUUUCUUUUGUAAAAUUUCCUUGGUUUUUCUUUCCUUGCAAAAAUUUUGUGACAUUACACUAAUAAUUUGCUUGUUGGAUUCUGAAUUUGCAAGCAUAUUCAUCAGCAAGAGACUAUUUCUAGGCUCAUUUGCUGUAUAUUCCAACAGUUGACAAUGGCAGCGCGAACCAAGAGUGCCGAAUCAAUAAAAGACAAGCUUAGUAGUUUGCCUGCUAACUCUACUGAUCAUCGUAUAUACAAAGUACCUGAACACUUUCGCAAGGUAAAAAGAGAAUGUUAUACGCCUUUUGUUGUUUCAAUUGGUCCUAUUUGCUACGAAGAGUUCUUAAAAUCAUCACAAGAACUAAAAUUAAGGCAUCUCGAAUGCUUUAUGGAACUUGCUCGGAUAUAUAACGACCCAGCUUACAACUUAGGGAAACUUCAAGGGUUUGUGGAAAGGUGGGAGUGCAAAGCUCGUUCGUUCUAUGCAGAUAAAAUAAGUCUUGGGAGAGAUGACUUCCUCGAGAUGCUAAUGGUGGAUGCUGCAUUCAUCAUCUGCUAUAUUGUGUUGCGAACUGUUAAAACAUCUCUACCCAUAAAUCCUAUGAAAAAUAUGAUGGCAUGGGAGGAGAGGGUGCAACAAGAUUUGUUUCUUGCAGACAAUCAACUCCCUUUUUUAUUUGUUCAUGAAUUAUAUCACGCGGCACUUGGUAGACUUGCUGAUGAAAAUCCCUUCAAAGAACUUGUUCGUAUGUUUAUAGGUCAAACUAAUAUUCCUGGAAGAGCAGCUGCAACUAGUACUGAAGGUAGGUUGAAAGUAAGGGAUGGAUCAGAUGUUAAGGAUUUGGUCGAUUUUUUGCGAAUUUGUUGCUUACCUCUCAAUCGUAGUCAUUACAAAAACCUCAUAAACAAAUAUGAGAGACCUUGGUGCCUACGACCUCCAAGCGCCAAAGAGUUGAAGGACGCAGGAGUAAAUUUUUUAGCAACACAUCCGAAGGAUUUACUAGAUAUCAAAUACACCGGCGAGGUGUUACAGAUUCCGGAAUUAUCAAUUCAAGACAACACAGAAGCUAUUCUUCGCAGCCUCAUAUUUUCCGAACAAUGCCACCACUAUGAAGAUUCAUGUUUUAUUGAUUAUGUAUUUUCCUCGAUGCAUUGAUCGACACUCCAGAAGAUGUACAAGUACUAGUUCAAAAUAAAAUCAUUGAUUCUUGUCUUGGUAGUGAUGACGAGAUUGCGACUAUCAUAAAUCGAUUCACUACAGGUAGUAUGUUAUAUGCUCCUAAUUUCAGCUAUUCUGAAAUUUGUCGAGAUUUGCAUGCGCACGUUACCAGCAGGAGGAAUAGAUGGCGGGCUAUAUUGAUGAGAGAUUACUUCAAUCAUCCAUGGUCAAUCAUCUCUGUGGUGUACUUGGCGUUUCUUCUUAUUCUCACUGUUUUGCAGGUUUAUAGUGGUUUUAAAGGAUAACUAUUAUAGUGUUUAUGUAGAUGGAAGUAACUACUAGUUGUUACUUGCUGAGGUCUUUACAUUCUUACUCCUUCAUAGUUAUGAAUUAUGUAUAAUGUUUAGAGAAAAUCUCAUUCAAUUUAUAUAUCCA